CGUAGAAAGCCGCAUCAACAGGGGGGUAGGGUUUAAGCGAGAGUCUGCAUCUCUGCAUCAUCGACCUGUGAUUCAUUCAACUCAUUGCUUCUUUACACUGCUACUCUAUCCCCCGAAACAAGAAAUGGCUUCCUUCUGCAGAUCAGCUCUAAUGGCCGGCUCGAGAUCCAUAGCUCGCUCAAGAACCCUCAGCCAGAGCUCCCUAAGCUCCCUAAACCCUGCAGCCAUGUCGUCUCCAUUUGCUUCGGCCACCAGAACCAUCCCUUGCGCUACAAGGUUUGUUUCGGUAUUGGGAAGCAUGGAGUCAAUGAUGCCACUUCACAGUGCCAUUGCUUCUGCUCGGCUCAAAUCCAACAUUGCCGUCGAUUCCACCUGCUGGAGCUGCCUUUCUCAAGGUCUUGCAUCACCGUUGUGACAAGGCCCGCUGGCUAUGUGAGAAGCUGCAGUUCCUCGGUGAAAAAGACUCCAGGCUCGGGUCAUUUCAAGUUUUUGAACCAAAUUGGCUUGCAUAUUGGUUACUCCAUCCUCUGCCUUUUUUCGUUUUCCUUUGCUUUCUGGCAAUUGCAUUGUGUGAGAUACACUUGAUGUUCCAAAAUAAUAGUUUUCACUUUGUCUUAAAUAUUACAUGUACGUUUCUAAGGUAUGCGUCUGAGGACAAUUUUUGUGUUUUCUUGUCCUGAAUACACAUGCGUUCGCUUAUAGAGAUUGUGUCAAUAAGUGACCUCAGACUGAUUGAGUGAAGCUAAACUUGGUUUUGCCUAUCCUUCAAUGUAGGACUUAGGGUUUGUUAAAUCAAGAAUUUAAAAACAAAUAGAAAAGACUUGUGUGCAAUCAAAUGGCCAAAGCAUUUACAAACUUGUGUUGUGUGGAGAAUAUAGCUGGGUUGGAGUUCCUGCAAAUGUUCAUGAGAUUCCCUCGGUCGGCUCUUCGUGGGUUUCAAAAUGACCAAUGGCUGAUAGAGAAAUUUGAGAUAGUUCCCUAGGGAGCACCCUGAU